AUAGGGGUAGUCUGUUCCCAGAUGUUUCAGCUGCUCUUGUAUCCCAAGGUCUGGACUGAAGGGUGCUAUCUCUCUUGCUUUACUAUCCCUGCAUACCACAAGGGUCUGAAACCCACAGCAAUGAGGAUGCUCGCUCUGCUCACCACCCUUCUCCUACUGGCCCUCCAGACUCAGGCAGAAUUUCCCCAAGGAAGUGCUGAGGAGGCUCCAGACCAGGAGCAGCUGGUGGAGGAGGAUCAGGAUAUUUCCAUAUCCUUUGGAGAGGAUAAAGGCACUGCUCUCCUAGAUUCAGAUGUGAAGUCAGACUUGACCUGCUAUUGCAGACUCACACGCUGUGGUUUUAGAGAACGACUCGCUGGGGCCUGCAGUUAUCGUCGCCGCAUCUACCGACUCUGCUGCCGCUGAGAACUAAGGACAAGAAGAAUACAUUUGUCAUAUGACCUGAGAUAUUGAAGGAGACUGUUUUUGCCUCAUGUUGUGUCCUUGAGUUUCCUUUUCCUUUAUACCCAAAUAAAGUACUUACGGCAAGUUC